AUGUCUUCCCAACAUCGAACCAUCCUCGUCACAGGUGCAACUGGCACUCAAGGCGGCCAUGUCAUCCGGGAACUCCUUUCAGCCUCCAAAUCCAUAGGAUCAGGAUUCACCGUGACCAUUCACGCCUUUGUCCGUGACCAAGCUUCUCAAGCCUCCCAGGCCCUCCUGGCUCUCGACCCCCAAACCGUCAAGCUCUUCCAAGGCGACUUCGAGGACUCGGACAGUCUUUCCCGAGCGGCCGAAUCCUGCACGUCUACCUUUCUCAACGUCACCCCGUCGUUCACGGACCCGGAGGCCGAACGCCGACAUGCACGAAACAUUCUGACCGCCUCCCUCUCCGCCGGCGUCAAGCACAUCAUCCUGGCCUCGGUCACGGCGGCGCACGAGUACAAGACGUUCAACAACUUGCCACUGGACUCCUGGAUGGGACAGUACUGGGUCAGCAAGGCCUCCAUCAUCGAUCUGGUCAAGGACCCGCCCGUCCCGCGGCCAGAGGGCUACACAUACACCAUUCUCCAGCCGGCCGGCUUUCUCACGAACUUCCUCCCGCCGGGCCAGCGCAUUAUGUAUCCGAAUCUGUCAGCGGCCGAGCCCAGCAUCCAGACUGCCCUGAACCCCUCGCUUCGUCUGUCAUACCUCGACCCGGCUGACAUCGGCCGCUUCGUGGCACACAUAACCUUCUCGAGUCCUGCCGACCUCGCACGGCUCAAGUUCGCCAACGAGAUCGUCCCUAUCGCUAGCGUCCACCUGACCAUGUCCGAGAUUGCGGACCUACUGUCGGAAGCCGUAGGCCGCCGCAAGGUUGUGCGUGUCGACCACCUAUCUCCCGAAGAGGCCGAGGCGGCCAAGGACAACCCUUUCUAUAACGCUCAGAUCUUCCAGAACCAGAACCCGACCACCGUCGAUUUGGACAAAGUCCGAGCUUAUGGCAUCGCCCUGGGCGGGGUCAAGGAAUUCUUCGAACGAGAGCGGGAGAGAGUCGAGGAGGCCUUGGGACUCUGA